UGCCCAAGUGUCUUAUGAAUGAGGAAUCAAUAUGUGCAUCUUAGGCAUGAGGACCAUGAGUCUAAUGUUGGGUUGGGUGCAUUUAAUUGCUGCCACAGCAUCGUCAAUUUUCCUUUUGGUUUUAAUCUGCACCUAUCACAGCGAAUCCUAUGAUGAUAGAAUGGAUAAGGAAGACCUAUUUCUGGGCUUGGGCCUUCCUAAGGUGAUGCUAUUGUUUCUCUUUUGUGUAACGGACAGCGUGUUUGCUUUGCUCUUAAUAAAGGGAAUUAAAGAGGAACGUCAUAGAUUAAUGGCCCCCUUUGUUUAUGCCCACUAUGUGGCCUUAGGAUUUCUUGUGAUAAUCAUCAUAAUUUAUUUUGUAGCCGAUCUUAUUGAAGCCACUUUCAUGGAGUUGGUGGUUGACUUCAUAGCGAAUUGUGCAAGAUUUGCACUGACGCUGCUUCUCAUUUGGCCUGCCCAUGUACUCUACCAUCAAAUGCGACUCUAUCCGGAUCAAUUUGAACAGCAAUGGCAUAGUGAUGUUCAUCCUGCCGAUAAACACCUACACGAUAUACCUGGUGAAAUGGUUUAGCCGCAGUGUAAAAAUAACAAUCACAACCAAAUUAGCUUGGAGGAUAACUCAGGCAAUGCUUCCAAAUAGAGGACAAUAAUUAUAAUAAUACAGAGUGCUAAACUAAG